AUGGUUAGACCGAAUUCUACCGAUGUGCCCGACUUCAUCCUCCUGGGGCUGGUGGAUUCUGCAGAGACACAGCUGGGCCUCUUCCUGCUCUUCCUCCUCAUCUACCUGGUCACGGUGCUGGGGAACGCAGGGAUGAUCCUGCUCAUCUGCCUGGACCCCCAGCUGCACACGCCCAUGUACUUUUUCCUCACUCACCUGUCCUUCCUCGACCUCAGCUACUCCAGUGUCAUCACCCCCAGAGCCUUACAGGACUUAGUGUCUUCCACCAAGAGCAUCUCAUUCCUGGGCUGCUUCACCCAGAUGUACUUUUUCAUCCUCUUUGGUGGCACUGAAUGCUUUCUGCUCUCCUCCAUGGCCUACGACCGCUAUGUGGCUAUCUGCAGCCCUCUGCACUAUCCGGUCAUUAUGUCCCCAGGACUGUGCUGGGGCCUGCUCGCUGGUCCUUAUGUGCUUGGCUUUUUCGACUCCACCAUUAAUGCCAUCUUCAUGAGCAGACUGCACUUCUGCAAUGUCAAUGUCAUCCAUCACUUUUACUGUGACACAUCCCCAGUGUUAGCCCUGUCCUGCAGUGACACCUAUAAGGUUGAAAUCAUGGUACUUCUUGUUGCUGGUUCCACCCUGAUAGUGUCCCUCAUCACCAUCUCUGGAUCCUACAUGUCCAUCCUCUCCACUAUCCUGAAAAUUAACUCUACUUCAGGAAAGCAAAAAGCCUUCUCCACCUGUGCCUCGCACCUUGUGGGCGUCUCCAUCUUUUACAGCACUAUGAUGUUUACUUACCUCAAGCCGAAGCAGUCCUACUCCCUGGGCAAGGAUCAGGUGGCCUCUGUGUUUUACACCAUUGUGACCCCCAUGCUGAAUCCCCUCAUCUACAGCCUCAGGAACAGAGAGGUGAAGAACGCUGUCCUGAGAGUGCUAGAAAAGGGGGUUGGAUUAUAG